CGGCCGCAGUGCACCCUGGGAAACGAGGGCCGCUUCUCGUUGCCAUGGCGACGGCGCCCAGUUUACCUCAGGCAGAAAGUUGCUGACAGCAAUGGGUAUAGUCAAUAUCGGUGCUCAAUGGGAUGAAACCAUUUGCAAUAUGAUCGCUUGUCAGCAUCCACCCUGCUGGGAGUCUAUGCGGAGAAUCGAAAGUGGGCAUCCUCACCUUUUGCUGAAGAACGUAGUCAUACCUGGAAAAGAUUCCCCAGCUUCUGAAGGCAAACUGCCAACCCUGAAGAUUGUUGACCUUCCCCUCCAUUAUCCUCGGAGAGAACAGUUUAAAUGUCUGGGAAGUUUUGAAUUCAACUCCAAGACAAUUUCCAGUAGCAAAGAAGCUAGAAAUUGCUUUUCAAAAUCUAUUCUGAAUAAUGAUUGGAUACCCCCCAUUUCAGUAUUAAGUUCAGAAAAGAAUCAUUUUCCAGGCCUGAACUCCAGAAUGGAAUCUCAGUCUCUCCACUUCCCACCAAUAAGUUUAACCUCCUCGAGGCAACCUGAGAAGAUGCAGGUGACAGACCUCUCCGAAUUUGUAGUGCAAAGACUGGGUUCCCAGGCACCCUGUGGAAGCACGGUUUUCCGGUGGGUUCCAGACAUGCGACCCAGAUUCCUGCAGUCUGAGAAUCCUAGCGGGAGAGAAAAGGCGACCCCUCCAAAAAUAUGUGUGAAGGACCUAGCUUUGGAAAGUCUCUGCUCUCUCCAGGAUCAUCAAGGGACUAAAAGAAAAAAGUCAAAUAAAAUUCCUACAGGGGGUCAGCCUUACUUUCGUCAUCUAAGGCGGAAUCAAAAGUCUAACAAUAAAUCAAGUUCUGUAGGCCAACAAAGGAGCAUGGAUGACAGCCUCCUCGGGACAAGGAAACACCCCUUGCCUGCUCUGCAUCUGUUGCUACAAAAUGUGGAAGGGUUGACUCAGGAGAGCAAAAGAGCAAGGGCGCUGCUGGAGACCAAGGAGAAACUGGCAGCCCCCUUUAUUGUGCAGAAGGCGCCCCGUUUUAACCUGUCUGAAGCAAAGAUCCCCAUAAAAGACAAAGACCCAGGAAGAAGCCUAGGCCGCCAGCCCAAGAUCAUCUCAGGAGGCUCAUUGGUCCUGAGACGCCUGAUGAUAGAGCAGCUGGGGGAUGCUGGGAACCAUCAAGACAAGGAAGCAGGGGGCCUCCUUGAGUGUAGCCAGAUGUCCCCAGAAUCUGCUGCAGGGAAUUGCAAGCUGCAGGCAUCUCCAAGAAUGUUUGCUAAAGGAAAGUCUUGUCUGAAAUUUAUGGAAUAUAAGAGCAAUUUGGCAAGGCUGGGCAUAGAGGGCUGCGAUUCCUUUCCUUACUGCCUACCGAAAGCCAACUCCAGGUACAGACGGUAUUGCGAGCAUCUGCCAAACUGGAAGGAAGCCACUCCGGCUGAGAGGGAUGCUUCAGACAUCAGCAGGGAGGUUUGGCCCAAAGAAGACUCGCAGGAAGCAGCCAGGACCUUUGCUCCGCUACAGUCCCCGGGGCCCCCUCCUCCCUCCCCCACCCUCUCUGAGAACAGCCCUAAUUCUGCCCCUGGCUUCACUUGAAUCCAGAAGGGGCAGGGAGGAGGGGGCGGCUGGGUGGGUUAUCAGCAGCCAACUCCCAAGGAUGGUUACUUCUAUUUUAAAAGAAGGGGGGGCACACUCUUGAACUUACAACCAUUAAAAUUCCUGCUUCCCGACUUUGUGCCUCUCUGAGCCUUGUCUCCAAAAAACCGCCUUUGGUGAUAACCAAUAGGUGGGAUGCUGGGCGGCCAGAAAAAGAACUUGAGCGGCCUAUGCAGCGCUCGUGUUAAGGGGCUCUUGAAGACAACUCAGGGGUUAUGUUUUAAAAGGGAAGGCAAGUCAAAGGACGGCAAGGGCGCUCCGUUUGCUAGAGGGCCGCUGAAGGAGCAGACGGGGAUGUGAAAAGGCGGGCGAUUCCCUCUCCACACUCCUCUUCCUGGGCAACAGUCCUCCUGGAGGGCACAGAGUGAGUCGGCGGAAGGCGCUUUGUCGGUCUUCCCAGCCGGCUUCCGAGUCACACAAAAGUCCUGGAAGAAAGACGGAGCCCCUCAGCUGUGAAACUGAGCAGAACCCGGAGGCCUUCAGCUCGAGUGGGCCUUUCGGAAGCCAGUCAGUUGUUGCUAUCAUUCAUUUCUUUCCCCUUCUGUGAGCAGCGAGGUACUUUUGCAAGGGACUUGGAAGAGGAAAUAAUUAGUUUACUUCGGAAUGAUUAGGUCUUGGAAACAAAUAUUCAGGGCUCCCUAUGCUUCAGAUUCAUGAUCUAAAUAAUUUAGUGUCCUUUAUAAAUAUGACCACCCCUAAUAAAUAGGACUUCUUG